AUGUAUCCCCAAUUGGAGACGGAUGCUGAGGCCCAGGAGAAGGCCACGGCUCAGGCCCUCUUAUCCUCCAGGCAGACCCAAACCGAGGCUGAGAAACCCGAACCAAUACCCAAAUGGAAACGUCGCCUGCAUCGUCAUAUGCCGGUGACCCAAUGGCUACCACUGUACUCCACCGAAUGGGGCAUCGAUGACUUUAUAGCGGGCAUUACCUUGGGCCUAACCAUCAUACCGGAGAGCAUGGCCUGUGCUCUGCUCGCCGGCCUGCCGGCACGCUAUGGCCUGUGUUCGGCCUUUAUUGGACCUUUGAUCUAUAUGGUGUUUGGCUCCAUCGAUAAGGUGAUCAUUGGACCCACUAGUCUGGUGGCAUUGGUCAGUGUACAAUUUACGGUGGGGCGACCCAUAGAGUUUGCUUUUCUUCUUACUUUUCUCAGCGGCAUUGUGCAGAUCAUUAUGGGUGCCCUUAGAUUAGGUUUUAUCUUUGAGUUCAUCUCAAUGCCCGUGAUCAAGGCCUUUUCCUCAGCCACUGCCAUUCUGGUGAUCGAAUCACAGCUGAAGGUAUUGCUGGGCAUCAAGUACUUAGUGGCGGGCCUCUUAAGCUCCGUCUCUACCCUAAGCUCCCGGAUCGACGAAUCGAAUAUGGCAGAUCUCAUUAUGGGCAUUUGUGCUAUAGUUUUUCUCCUAUUACUUGAGCUACUCGAACGCGUGGCUCGCAAUGAAAAUCAUGGAAAAGUCUUAAGGAUCUGCUGUCGCUAUUUGUCCACCUCUAGAAAUACUCUGAUCGUUCUUAUAGCGGGGAUUGUGUCCUACAUUUGGCUGCAACAAACGGGCCAUGUACCCUAUGCUCUUAGCCAGAAUGCAUUGGCCACUUUGCCGAAUUUUACAAUCCCCAGUCUGGUGGUGGAAACGCCCGAACGUAACUACAGUUUCUGGGAGAUCUUAAAGGAGCUCCAUAUGGGGAUUAUAGUCAUACCGAUUGUGGGCAUACUCACGAAUAUAUCAAUUGGAAAGUUGACUCCCAAAGGCCUGGUGGACACAAAUCAAGAGCUUCUCACCGUGGGACUGUGCAAUAUGUUUGGUUCCUGUGUGCAGGCCAUGCCUUCAUCGGGUGCCUUUACCCGCUAUGCCAUUAGCACAGCCUGUGGCCUGAAGACACCCAUGGCAAAUCUGUAUUUGGGUAUCAUUGUGCUGCUGGCCUUGAGCUAUCUCAGUCCGUACUUCAAUUUCAUACCGGAAGCCACACUGGCCGCCAUUCUGAUAUGCUCGAUAAUCACGCUGCUGGACUUUAAGCUCCCGCUGCGUUUGUGGCGCGACUCGAAGCGGGACUUUGCCACCUGGCUGCUGUGCUUCUGCGUGUGCGUGCUCUUUGGCGUGGAAGUGGGUCUGUUUGUUAGCAUUGUGGUCACGGCUUUGCAUCUGCUCUUCCUGUGGGCACGUCCCGAGAUUCGGGUAAAGAUUGAGGAGCUCGACGAGAUGCAGUACAUCCGCGUGACGCCUGGCAAUGGCAUCUACUUUCCGGCCAUCAAUUACCUGAGGGAACGUGUCCUCAAGGCCUGCACUCAGGCGGAUUUCCGUAUAACCGUGGUCAUCGAUGGACAUCGCAUUACGGGGCUCGAUUACACUGCCGCCCAGGGCAUAUCGAAGCUAUCGAGCGAUCUGUGCCGUCAGGCGGAUGCGGCCAGUUCCACGCUCCUGAUUCUGUAUAGGUUGCAGGAGCCACUCCAGCGUCUGAUCGAUCACACGGACAAUCUAGUGUUUUGCGAGUCCGAGGACAAGGUCAGGGAGUUCUUGACCCAGGAAUCGCUGCGUAAUGGUUAUAUCAAUCUCAAGGAGCACAUACGGGCCUCCAUAGAUCUGGGCUACAAAAUAGACAUCGAUUAGGCGUCUGUUCUCCUCUCUUUAGCUAGUCGCUUGUAUUAUUUAUUUAAGUUUAGUUUUGAGAUGGAGCUGGAGAAAUUGUCGUCCGGCAAAUGGAAAUAAAAAGUGAAGGAAAAGUGGAA